CGUGAAUGAAGUGAACAUGCCAUUAAUAUCGAUCAGUUUUUUCAUUUGUGUAUCACUGAGCUUCAGUGGAGCAACUACAGGAUUGACUUUCAAUAACAUCAAAGUUAUUGUUUCCAAUGGACAGUUGGAAGUGGCCAGUAAAAGAAUUUCAUGCAAUAAUCUGUUGGAGGGCUUACAAAUUUCGGAAACAGAUUACGACUCCAUACAAAUUGGUGAAUAUAUAGGUACCAAGCAAACGGAUUUAGACAAGAUCAAUGGAAAUUCAGGAACCUUAUCAGUAUUACACAAGCAAUCUUUGACUGGUUUGAAUCUUUCUUCUUUGAGAAUAUCGUACACAGAUUUGGAACAGAUUGAGCCGGAAGCAAUCAAAGAUGUGAUCAAGUUAAAGAAACUUGCUAUCGAGCAGAACUUGUUGAAGGAAGUUAAGAAAGGUGUCUUCAAUGGCUUACCGAUUCUGACACUAUUGCUAAGCUCCAACGAAAUUCAGGUUGUUGAGCCUGGGUCCUUCGAAGGAAUGUCUGAAUUGAUUAUAAUCAGAUUAGCUUAUAAUAAACUGACCGAACUUACCAAGAAUUUUUUGAGCAACCUCCCGAAAUUGCAGUUGGUAGAUUUAUCAUGGAAUAAUAUAGACAAAAUCGAGAACGGUGCUUUCGAAAAUCUGCCAGAUCUGAAAGUUUUAUUUCUGGAAAGGAACUGGAUAAAAGAAGUUGGUGAUCGAUUCCUGGGUCAUCUUCCAAAUUUGAGAGAACUGAGUUUGAGCUUCAACAAGAUGCAAGAAUUCCACUCUAAUUUUGUGACUGGUACCAAUAAUUUGAGGCAUCUCUAUAUUGAUAAUAAUGAAAUUACUGAGGUAUCUCCAGGUUUUCUGGGUAAUAAUCAUAAUUUGGAAUUUUUGGAUAUGUCAUUCAAUAAUAUCAAGGAAAUAAAUAAUGGAACAUUUUCAAACUUCAAUAUUAUCGAAUUGGAUUUGUCUCACAAUUUGAUACAGCAUAUUGAGAGAAGAGCAUUCACGAAUCUCCCCAAAUUGAAUAUGUUGAUCCUGUCUUACAACAAUGUAGAUAAAUUAGAUCCAGCUAUUCUGUCAGAAAUACCAGCUAAUGCAACUAUCAAUUUCAGAAAGAAUAUAGAUGUACUUGAUAGAUAAAUUAUGCAUGGAAACAUCGUAUAUAUGCCAAUGAAUAUUUUGUACCAUCUUCUUCUUUAUCAU